CUUAUCCACUUGUACCUCAAUCCCUUUGGCAAAAAAAACCCAUUUGAUCCAAAAAAAUCAAAAAAAAAUCAAAAAUCCAAAACCGACCAAUGGACACCAACAACAACAACCACCAACCACCUCCCUCCGCCGUCACCGGAAUCCCUCCGCCUCCUCCACCACCAGGAACCACCAUCUCCGCCACCGGAGGAGGAGCCUCGUACCACCACCUUCUCCAACAACAACAACAACAGCUCCAAUUGUUCUGGACAUACCAACGGCAAGAGAUCGAACAAGUGAACGAUUUCAAAAACCAUCAGCUCCCACUCGCUAGGAUCAAGAAGAUCAUGAAAGCCGACGAAGAUGUUCGUAUGAUCUCCGCGGAAGCACCGAUCCUAUUCGCCAAAGCUUGUGAGCUUUUCAUCCUCGAGCUCACAAUCAGAUCUUGGCUUCACGCUGAGGAGAACAAACGCCGUACGCUUCAGAAAAACGAUAUCGCCGCUGCGAUUACUAGGACCGAUAUAUUCGAUUUCCUUGUCGAUAUUGUUCCUAGAGAUGAGAUUAAGGACGAGGCCGCCGUGCUCGGUGGUGGGAUGGUCGCUCCUCCCACCGCCAGUGGCGUGCCUUACUAUUACCCGCCGAUGGGACAGCCAGCUGGUCCUGGAGGGAUGAUGAUUGGGAGACCGGCUAUGGAUCCGAGUGGUGUUUAUGUUCAGCCUCCGUCUCAGGCGUGGCAGAGCGUUUGGCAGACUUCGGCGGGGACUGGUGAUGAUGUCUCUUACGGCAGUGGUGGAAGCACUGGUCAGGGGAAUCUCGACGGCCAAGGUUAGAAGCUCAGAGUAAAUCAGAUGAUGUGAGUUUACCCUGCUGCUUGAAGACAGCAGAUGUUAUUAGUCGACCUUGCCUUGAAUUUUGGAUGUGUCUGAUAGAUUAUGCCUGAAUUCAAUUUAAAAGGCUUUACAUUAAGAAGGAGUAAAAAAAACUCUUAUUUCUCUCUGGUAACUUAUAUGUUAUUGCAGCAAAACAAUCACUCCUAACUAUAUAUCUAAUGUGCAGUUUCUAAUUCUCGUA